AUGCCCUUCGACUUCAAAAAGUACGACCAGAAAUGUGCUGCACUCACCGCAGAAGAGCUCCAACGUGAGUGGCAGCACUACACCCGACUCAUCACCGGCGCUGCCACAUCUACCACUGUCUCCGGGCUUGCUAUCCCGCUCACAGCAGGUGUCUCGACAAUCGGCGUCGCCCUCGCCGCCCCUGCGAUCCAUAACGCUCGGAGGAAGCGAGACAUCAUCGAGAGACACCUUAACAGGCACAAUACAACGCAUCAGACCAGGAAACGAGACGUGCUGGGCGGUGUGGCUGUCAGUGGAACAAUCGGUGUUGUCACUCUCGGCGUGGGCACAUUGGGAGCUGAUGCUAUCGCCGCUCAAGGUGCAGAGCAUGGCAUCUCUGCCAUUGUCGAGAACGAAACAGCCAUCAAGGUUAUUUCCCAUGUCGCCUUGGACGGCGUAGGCCUGGGUAUCGAGCAUGCACACACGAAUCAUCUAAGGAAGCGAGAUGCAAGGAAGGCUUUCGAGGCAGCUGGGGUAUUCCAAGCCGUCAACGAAGCAAAGGCCGCCGAAGCUGGAUAUACCAUCCAGCCUUACAACCCUCAAGGUGCCGCGGCGGAGAGCAGCGCCAGCCUCCCCUACUACGCUCCGCCUCCUCCCUAUUCAUAUGCCUCGAGCUCAUCUCAAGCUGGGAUUCCAGAGAACUACGCAGUCUCUACCAUGAACCCCGAUCCCUACUAUGGGCUUGAUUCCAAGGCACCCAUGCCGCCGUACUACCAAUCAGAGCCGAGUCAAGAGUUGUAUGGUGGAACUGAAACAGAAGAUUUCGCGCCACCAAGCAUGCCUCCACCGACCGUUGCUGCUAUAUACGAUUUGAAUGCCAUGGGGUCAGCUCUCCCAACCGUGGGCGCAGCCGUGCCUGUUUCGCACGCCUUGGGCCAUCCAUCUAACCAGGGGUAUGAUGCAUCGCGUUCGGCGUCAUUUGGAGACCAAGGAGCAUUUGUACAAGCACCGGUACAACCUUCACAUUUCUCAGAGCUGCCUGUUGGAGCUCCGACUCAGCCGCCAGUUUCGGCCACUCCAACUGUCGUCAUUGCAGAUUCCUCCAGUUCUAGCAUCGUUACUUCGCCACCAGUAUCAGUCGGUACCUCUGUCAUCACCUCACUACCUCCUAUUGUAAAAGCAGCGGAAGGUAAUGAUUCGCAAACACAACAACCACUUGAUGAGUUCAUGUAUCCUCCACCAGCAGCACCACCACCGGGACAUGCAGACUCAGCACAGACAAAGCCCUUUCCUGAUGCUCGUGCUUCACUCUAUGCUACCGAAGCAUCAUCUACAUCUCAACCUACCAUGACGCCUGUCUUCGGCCAAGCCUUGGCCAAUCCCCAGACGGAGCCACAGACUCCGUAUCAGCCUGCUCGAGGGACCUUGACAGGCAAACGAAGCAACGAGUUCAGCAGCACAAUCAAAUUAUGCCCCGACUGCCAGGAAAUCCGGUAUACCUUUGAUCCCUCAAACGCCUCAGCCAAGUUCUCACAUAGCACUCGGAGCAGUCCAGUCCCCUCCAAACGAAGUACAGGAACCGCCAGGCUUCCAUAA